AUGUUGAUGUGCCGGCGGUUGCUGCUGAUCGCAGCCGCGAUCACGGCCUCAAUCAAGGCUAGCUCCGCUAGUUACCAUCCUGGGAUUUCCUCAGACUACUCUAGCUAUUCUGGAUAUCCGGUCUACCCAGCCUUCACGUCGUCAGAGUCCUCGUCGACUGCGACCACUACGCCGACUGCUGGUCUGGAAAGAGUUUACUUGCAUUCCAUUUGCAGGCCGUCUGAGUACCUAUGCGGCACCGGAAACUGCGUCGCCCAGGACAAAUACUGCGACGGCGAAAAUGACUGCGGCGACAAGUCCGACGAGCCGAAAUAUUGCACCCCGUGCAACAGAACACUGUACGGCGACGUCGGCCGGACCUACCGGGUGGAAGUCCGUCGGCCGAGGGAGGAUCGACUGCCAUUCUUGUGUCAUCUCAACUUCACUGCCGCCGGGUCUGAUCUCGGAGACCUAGUUCAGUUAACCUUCGACACGUUCACUGUUGGUCGAUUUCUCUCGUAUACAUCUGAAGGAUGUCCGGAUGGUUUCAUGACCAUCCGCGAGAAGGGUCGCCCAGCGACCGGUGGGCAAUGGUGCGGAAGUGCGUGGGGAUACACCGUGUACUACAGUGAGACACCUUCCAUCAACCUCACUUUGUAUUUGCUUCGGUUAUCUGAGCAGGGCAACGGCUAUAAUUUCGAUUUCAAGUUGUCGUACAAGUUCCUGAGACGCAGUGAGGCACAUCUUAGAUAUGGAAACAGUAGCAUGUCCACGUGGCGGGGGGAGCUGGUGAAUGGCACGUAUUGCGACCGCGUGCUCACCAAGUGUGACACACGAGCCUGUCGACUUCAAUCGCCCAACUACCCGGGCGUUUAUCCUAGGAACGUCACCUGCUAUUACCGUGUGGAACAGAACAGGGCACCACCGGGUCAUAGAGCGUUACUAGCAGUAAGUCAGCGGAACAGCCAUAAGAUACACAUCAAAGACCAGGUCGUUAAGUAUGAUGGUAGCCAGAGGAUAUUAAGAGUCUGGGAUCAAUGCAACGUGGUGCAAGAUUACUUGACGGUGUAUGAUGGAGGCUCUACAUCUGACAAGGUGCUGGUCCGACUUUGUGGCGGUGACGCUGUGCCAGAUAUAGUCAGCAGCCAUAACACGAUGCUUUUGGAGUUCCACACGUCCCCUUACGACAAUCCCUUUCAUCCUGUUCCGUUGUCCUUUUUACCGGGCUUUGAGCUCCAGGUUCAGGUGUUGUUCGUGGACGAGAAGUCCAGGAGUUUCGUGAAGGAGAACAACAAUUGUGACUUUUAUAUAUCCAGCGACGAGAGUCCUUCAGGAAUGCUGGAAAAUCCAAAGCAUUCUCUACCCCCGAAUACUACUUGCCGCUACCACUUCCAGGGCAAGCCGAACGAUAUUGUUUGGCUGUCUUUUAUCAAAUACUAUGCUGCCAGUGCUGACGCCGCCGCGAGUAUUGAUGAUGUUGCCUCUCACUGCAACGCGAAGCUCCUCAUAUGGGACGGUGAUCACACGAUAGAUAAAUUAAUUCCAACGCGUAAGAAUAUUACACUAAUGGGACAGUUCUGCAAGGACGACACGCCCCGUCUUUGUGACCAUAGUCUGCUGAAAAACGGGAGCAGGCACACGAGACCCUGCAGCCUCGCGGAAAGCUAUGUCUCUAGCGGCAAGGACCUGACCCUGGAGCACAUAUUGCGUCAAGGAAGUGCACUUUAUCCGAUAAGCUUUGUACUGCGUUACGAGUUCGUGCACGAAGCGGUUUCCUGCAACCAUGUGUUCGGUUCCGCAUCAACUUCAUCCAUGUCUUCCACGUCCUCUUUGUCCUCAUCGUUGUCGUCCUCCUCGUCAUCCUCUUCAUCCUCCACGCCCGCGAAAGCGGGGAAAUUCGCAUCGCCGAAAAGUGUGUUCUUCUACGGUCGCGGUGGUGCUCAGAACGUUAGUUGUGUGUACCGUUUCGAAGCUGAGCUGGAUCAUAGGAUAGAACUGUCUGUGAGCAGAGCUUCCUUUGGGGAGAAAGGAUGUUCCUCUUAUGUGGAUCCGCUGGUGAAUCGAUGGACUUGUGACAGGCGUCUGGGAGAUUCCAAUAAAGUGGGCACAGCAGAGCUGAUUGUCGCUGAGUAUCCCUGGCAUGGAGUGGAAUUGGUUCGCGACUGCUUGUGCUCCAACGUGAGCGACAGGAUCGUCCUGAGGACUCUGACAUCCAACGUGGUCGAGGUUCGAUUCACAGUGACCCUCAUGAAUGUCACACAGGACUAUAGGGACUUCUACUUUGAAGGAGAAUACCGUUUCGUCGCUUUAGGAGCAGAGACGAGCGAGCAAGGCUGUUCUACUAAGUUAGAAGAGCGACGAUUACGUGGGACCAGUGGUGAAAUCUCCCUCAGGAGUCCUCUUCCUCGAGUAAUUCCCGGUGUGGCUGCUGUAGAAGAGAUUCUGACCAAUACAGAAGACUUAACUGCCACUCAGUGUGUGAAUGAGCCCUGGUUGAUAGAACCAGAGGAUGCAAGGAUCAACUACUUGUACUUAAGAACCGCUGGAUACAGUAUCACACUAGACAAUGUUGAAGAAUGCACAACAUUGAACAGAAUUGUGGUUUACUCAGCAGCUAAUACUAAGGACCGUAGUGUCAUUUGCCCUGAGGGAGGAGUAGACACUGCUAGAACUGUGGAUUUCUUCUCUGGUGGAUGGAAUUACAGUGCGAUUAAUGCUACAGUAGCCAUGGCUCAACAUUCGAGGAGCUUUGUUGUGGAGUUCCUUCAAAGAGAACCUGGGUUCUAUGCUGUCACAUGGAUGGCUAUUUCCAAGAGGUCUCCUACUCCUAGCAUUGGGCCAAAUAUCUUCACUAUACUGCCACAGGAAGACUGUCCUUAUAGAUGUCCAGAAAUUCAGGCAUGCAUAAGUUCUGUUCUAUGGUGCGAUGGGAUCCGCCAUUGUCCUUCCGGUUUCGACGAGGAGGAGGCCAACUGCUCAUACCGUUUCGGUGUAACGUUAUUAUACGUGGCCGUGGGCGCUGGUGCACUGGGUAUAUUCCUGAUCCUGCUUCUCGCCACCGGUUGCCUCAAGUACUGCCUAUAUCGACACAAAGCUCGUAAGAAAAAAAAGAACGUCGCCCUGAAUGUGAACCAUCUUCAUGUCAACCACACGCAUCACAACAAUGGUCUGACCGGAAGUCGCCUGAGCGGCCGCUAUAACCUCGCCACGCCGCAAGAGAUGUAUAUGGAGAAUUACGGGAAGGAUAGUAUUUGUUGACAAUACGCCAUCGCCAAUAUCGAGACCACCGUGUGAAUAUAACAAGGAUUUUUAAAUACACCUACCUCGCUGGCCUCUGAUCCCCUCCGUGGAAAGGAGCAGAC